ACCUCCUCUGCAACUGAACGUGUCUCCACCGGGGCUCACCUUUUCCCUUGCCAACACUCUCUUCUUUCAUCUCUUCAUCACUCCCUCAUCAUAUUUCCAUACCCAUUUUCCCUCUUUCCCACAGCCACAAUCCCAUCCGACCACACCCACGGACUAACGCCAUAUCGUCCCUGGCCUUGCCGCCACGGCCCCCAUCUCUGACUUUGCCAAGCAACCCAUCAUCGCUCUCUCCUUCGGCCCCACGGGAGAGCGAUCGUUACAAUAAUCUGAAACUGCAAAAACGGUUAAAAUUAAGAUGGGCUGAGCUGGAAACCCAAUAAUUGAAUGGGCUGGACUAGGGCCUUGAAAAGGAGGGUUAGGCCCAGCAGCCCCCAGCUUCAUCUUACAAGAGGAAAACGAUCCAACAGCCAUGGUAGGACUGUGCCCCAGAGCAAAACCCAUAGCAGCUCUCUAUCUUCCGGAUCAGGUUCCAUUUACAUUGUAAAAUCAGCUAAAGUACAAUGGUAAUGUGAGCCGUUUUCUUUCAAUUUGUGGGUUUUGGUUGUAAGCCAGAAACGUAGACACCUGAUCACCCAUACAUUUCUGGAUAGUUGUCAGACUGUACAAAUGGCAUCGGGUUAUGCCUGACAUGCAUCUGGUUGAGGAGACUUGGAUAUGGGAACUCGAAACUUUUUAUGGGACUUUGGUAAGAAGUGUUUCACAUUUGGGCUCAUAGGCCUUACCAUUUCAGAUCGAUAUGCCAGUAUUGCCCAUGUGCAAGGCCUCUCCAUGCAUCCCACAUUCAAUCCCAAUGCUAGAACUUUUAUGGGAUCAUUGACUGAUGAUUAUGUCUUGUUGGAAAAAUUUUGCCUUGAAAAGUACAAGUUUUCUCAUGGUGAUGUGAUAGCAUUCCGCUCCCCAAAUAAUCACCGUGAGAAACAAAUAAAGAGAAUAAUUGCCUUGCCAGGGGAUUGGAUCACAGCACCACAUUCAUAUGAUGUCUUGAGGAUUCCAGAGGGGCAUUGUUGGGUUGAGGGAGACAAUUCUGCUUCUAGUUUGGAUUCAAGAUCUUUUGGCCCAGUAUGUUGCCUUAACACCAUGUUCCUAUAUUACUUGAAGGAGGGGAGCUUUGGAGGUUCCUUUGGGUUUAGCUUGCGGAAGGGCUACCCACAUUGUGUGGCCUCCUCAGCGAAUAGGGGAAGUUGAGAGAAGAAUUCCUCAUGACAGAAUUUCUUUCGGCUAAUUGUGUUAGAGCUGCAGGUUCCUGUUUUGCUCCGGAAAACUUAUCCUUGAUUAAUUUAUUUAUUGAGCAUUUGCUGUGGCAGUGUUCUAUCAUUGAACUGGAGGGCUAUCUUGAGCAAGAAAACAAGCUGGUGUCUACUGUAACAAAUGUAACAAUAUACCCCCCAGUCAAAUUUUGACCCUGGUGCGAUCCCAUUUGGUUUUUGCAUGCUCAAAAUAUAAGAAUAGCAUGAUUCAGGAAAUAGAAAGAUAAUGUUGGUUUUACACUCACCUUGUAAGGCAGCCAUAGGAGUGUAAAUUUAGGACAAAUGAGUAGAUUAGCCAAAAUUUGUUUGAGGAUUUGGCCGGGGUGCUGCUGUUUGUGCUGUAGGUAGGGUGCUCCUCCAGAGGCCUUGAUAUCA